CCUGUUUGCCAUCACAGGGAGAUCUCUGCCCCCUGGGGCUGAGAAACCCCAGCCUUUUCCCAAGCUGAAGCUACAGGGUACUGAGGCACCAGUCAGAUGUCUUCCCACAAAGGAUCUGUAGUGGCACAGGGCAAUGGGGCACCUGCUAAUAACAGGGAAACUGACUCGGUGGAACUGGCUGAACUGGGACCCCUGCUAGAAGAGAAGGGCAAACGAGUAAUUGCCAACCCAAAAAAGGCUGAAGAAGAGCAAACAUGCCCAGUACCCCAGGAAGAAGAGGAGGAGGUUCAGGUACUCACACUUCCCCUGCAGGCCCACCAUGCCAUGGAGAAGAUGGAGGAGUUCCUGUAUAAGGUUUGGGAGGGACGUUGGAGGGUCAUCCCCUACGAUGUACUCCCUGACUGGCUGAAGGACAAUAACUAUCUGCUACAUGGCCACAGACCACCCAUACCCUCCUUUCGGGUUUGCUUCAAGAGCAUCUUCCGCAUACACACAGAAACUGGCAACAUCUGGACCCAUCUACUUGGUUUCGUGCUGUUUCUCUUUUUGGGAAUCUUGACCAUGCUUAGACCAAAUAUGUACUUCAUGGUCCCUCUUCAGAAGGUGGUUUUUGGCAUGUUCUUUUUGGGUGUAGUGCUCUGCCUCAGCUUCUCCUGGCUUUUCCACACCGUCUAUUGUCAUUCAGAGACAGUCUCUCGGACUUUUUCCAAACUGGACUAUUCAGGGAUUGCUCUACUGAUUAUGGGGAGCUUUGUCCCCUGGCUCUAUUACUCCUUCUACUGCUCCCCACAGCCUUGGCUCAUCUACCUCUCCAUCAUCUGUGUCCUGGGCAUCUCUGCCAUCAUUGUGGCACAGUGGGACCGGUUUGCCACUCCUAAGCACCGGCAAACAAGAGCGUUCCAGUCCCAUCAGAUUUUCCACGUCCUGGUGGUGGCAGCAGCCUUUGUCCACUUCUAUGGGGUCUCCAACCUUCAGGAAUUCCGUUAUGGCCUAGAAGGUGGCUGUACUGAUGACUCCCUUCUCUGAGCCUUCCCACCUUGAGGUGAAGGAGGAAUUUCCCAAGUGCUUUUAAAAAUAACUUCUUUGCUGAAGUGAGAGGAAGAGUCUGAGUUGUCUGUUUCUAGAAGAAACCUCUUAGAGAAUUCAGUACCAGUUAAGCUUCAGCUCACUUUCACAGCCACUGGGCAAUAAACUUUCCAUUUCCAUUCCCCUAGCUGGGGAGGGUGGGGAUGGUCAACAUAGUCAUCCCUCUCCUCGGCAGUCACCCUCCUCAGCAAGACAACUACUGGUCCCUGACAGAGACAGUACUUUGAAGCUCAUUUUGAGAUUUUACCCCUUCCUUCAACCAUUU